AUGAAGUUGAAGGACAUUUCUCGAACAGCGACAUUCGCAUGGGAUCAAUCAUCAUCCUCUUCCCCUCUUCUCGCGACUGGUGCUGUAGCAGGAGCGUUAGAUGAGAAUUUCAGUAACGAGAGUCAGCUGGAAAUAUGGGCUCCUGAUUUUGGUGAUGAGAAGAGCAAUAGGCUUGGCGGAGAGGGAAAAGCGGCUCAAGGCAGUAUAACUGUUAACAGCCGAUUCAAUCGACUUGCUUGGUCUGCUCCUUCUUCAGCGCACUCGAAAGGCCUGCUUGCUGCUGGUAUGGAAACCGGUGAAGUGAACCUCUUUGACCCAGAGAAAAUAUUAGGUGGUUCGACUGCCGACGAAGCUCGUAUCUUCAAGAGCGAUAAGCAUACUGGUCCCGUUCGAGGUCUCGAUUUCAAUCAAAUCCAGAAGAAUCUCUUGCUGACUGGUGCUGUCAAUGCUGAGCUUUACAUCUAUGAUCUCAACAACCCCAAUAACGCUCCUGUACCUCCCGGCCCCACUUCCACCAAACUCAACGAAAUUACCUCCUUACAAUGGAAUCCCACCGUUGCUCGAGUGUUCGCAGCUUCAUCUUCAUCAGGUUACACCUCGGUAUGGGAUCUGAAAGCUGGUAAAGAAAUUGUCAGCUUGCAGUACGGCGGUGGUGCGGCGAAAGGGAUGGAAACUGUGGGCGGUGUUGCCGGUUUGCAAAUGGGCAAGAGGAGAGGAAUGAGCGAUGUUUGCUGGCAUCCUGAAUCAGCUACGAGGUUGAUCACUGCUUCAGAAGAUGAUGAAUCGCCAAUCAUCAUGUUGUGGGAUCUUAGAAAUACUCGGGCCCCAGAAAAGAUUUUAAGCGGACAUCACAAAGGUGUACUUUCCGUGGCAUGGUGCAAGCAAGAUGCCGACCUCCUUCUCUCCAAUGAUUGGUCUUUCCAAACCACUUGGUGCCCACGAAAUCCUGACCUUCUUGCUACUGCUUCCUUUGAUGGUCACAUUGGCAUACAUUCGUUGCAAACUACCAGCGAACCCUCUCUUCCUUCCCAAGAGCUCGACGCUGCCGCUUCUGCAGACGAUGUGUUCGGCGCCCUCAGUCGUGAAGAACCGUCCAAUGAUACUGCAGAUGUCCUUUCCCUCAAACAACCGCCUAAAUGGCUUCGUCGUCCAGUAUCUGCUACCUUCGGAUUUGGUGGUCUUCUCGCUACGACUUCUAAUCUUCCCGGUGCUUCAGGUAAACAUCAAAGUGGUGUAGUACACUUGCGCAAUAUCACUACUGAACAAGGUGUAAUCGACCGAGCAACCGCUUUGGAUGCCACUGCCGGUGAAAAGGAGAAGCUUGCAGAGUUCUGUACUGCACGGGCAAGCGACGACAAUGCUGCUUGGAAAGCUCUACAGACCCUCUUCAAGACCGAUUCGAGAGAAGAGCUCGUGCAGCUCCUUGGAUUCUCCAAGGAAGAAGUUGAAAAGAAAGUGCAAGAUGCAAUCGGCAAAUUCCCUUCCGUCACCGUGACCGACGAGAGUUCAGAAGAACAAGCAAAACCUGAUGAGAAGGAUGAAUCCAAUGUAGAAACUCCAACAGUAGAGAAAUCUCUUGAAGAUGUGACCUCCUUCGCUGAUGACACAGCGAGUGUCAAGGAUUCAGAGACAGCUUCUACGACAGACAAAUCAGAGAAGGGGCUGUUCGAUGAAGAUGAUACUCCUGGAACUCCUGCUGCUGCGGCCGCAGACUUCUUCUCCUCCAUGGCAUCUGGUACACUACGAAACCCUACACUCGACCACAUCGUGCCCCACAAAAACCACGAAUAUACAGACUCUUCCGUUGCAGCAACUAUUGGUAGCCGAGCAUCAUCCGUCCGCGACGAGGUAAUCACUAAGGAGAACACAUUCCAGAUAUAUCCUCAAGGAGAGAGUGAUAUCGAUAAACUCAUUACGCAAGCACUAGUUAUGGGCGAUUUCAAGUCUGCGGUUGAUCUAUGUCUCGCUUCUGAACGAUUUGCCGACGCUCUUCUUCUCGGCGUUCGAGGUGGACCAGAGCUUCUUCAAUCUACGCAAAAAGCCUACUUUGCUCGACAAACCUCCUCUCUCCCAUUCUUACGUGUAUUCCAAUCAAUUGUCACAGAAGAUCUCAUCGAUAUCGUCCAAAACGCCGAUUUGUCUGAAUGGAAAGUUGCUUUUGUCGUCGUCUGUACAUUCGCUAAGGAGAGCGAGUUCAGUACGCUUGCUGAACAACUUGGCCAACGACUUCAAUUUAGAUGGAGGACUCUCGCUGGAUCUGACAGUCCCGAGGCCAAAGAGUCUGCUAAGGUAGCCAGACAGGAUGCUACUUUGUGCUACCUGGCCGCAAGAAAGUUGGAGAAGGUGAUCAGCAUUUGGGUCGACGAGAUGUCUGAAGAGGAGGAAGCAGCAUCGGACACAACUCGAUACGCCGCUCACGCUCAAGCUCUGCAAUCAUUCAUUGAAAAGGUAGCUGUUUUCACAGCUGCUACAGGCUACGUCGACGAGGAUCUCGCAACACCUACGGAAUCAGCCGCUGCUGCCGAAGCUGGUGCUAGGACUUACAGGUUAGCUGGGUUGUACGAUCGAUACUACGAGUAUGCCGAUUUGUUGGCCACUCAAGGUCUCGUCGACAUCGCUGCGAAAUUCGUCAAGAUGACUCCUUCAGAUUACAAAGGCACAGGCGGUGCUGGCUCCGAGCUGGAUAAAGCUAGAGAUCGGUUGUUUACUGCCGCUGGAGUACAAGCCGGUACGGUGGUUGCCAACUCCGCUUUCGGAGCCAGUAACAAUCAACCUCAAGCUUCCACCUCAUAUGCAUCAGCAGGAACCUCUUCAUAUACUCCUCGAUCUGCGGGACCUUACAGCGCAGCACCUACCACUGCAGGUCCUUACAGUGCUGGUCAACCGCCUGCUCCUUAUGGCCAAAACCAACCAUCAUCUUAUGCACCGCCUCCCGCUCCGACUCAGAAUACUUAUAAGCCUCCAGCAACAGCUGCACCCUAUCAACCUCCCCAAGCAGCCAGUCAAUACAACCCUCCUCAGCAGUCACAACAGCAACAGCAACAGCAACAGCAGCAGCAGUCUUACGGUGGAUACGGAACUUCAGACCCUUAUGCGCCCAAUCCUAAUUACCAAUCAUCUGGAUACACUCCUACCAACGGCUACAGACCUAACGAAACUCAAGGCCAAGGCUAUGGUGCUCCUCAACAGCCAUAUGGCGCCUCUCAAGGUGUGAUUCCACCACCACCUCGAGCCGGGUCCCUUAACGGUCCCAGCUCCAAUACGCCUCCUCCUAUCCCUGCUGCUCAAAGACGAGACAUUCCAGGUUGGAACGACGCCCCUAAUCUUGCGCCCAAACGACCUCAAAGUGCAGCAAACAAAGAAGCGCCCAAGAUCACCGCAAUUAUGUCUCCCUUCCCAAACAUGCCGAAUCCGUUCGAAGCUCAACCUACCGGUUUCACACCUCCUCCCACCCGAACACCUCAGCCUGGCGUCCUGCCCCCGCCUCCCAGGGGUGCCCCUCGAGCCGUCUCCAGCCAAGGUCCGCCGCCGCCAAGAUCUGUAACUUCCCCUCCUGCUCAAAAUCGACCUCCACAGUUCCAGCAGCCCCCUCCCCGUGGAACUCCAUUAGCAGGCCCUCCACCCGCUGCUCGACCCCCACCGCCCCAAGGGAGAGCUGGACCACCACCAGGAGUAAUGGCUGGACCACCACCUCAACGAGCUCUGUCCCCCUUGGGUCCGCAGGGUAGGGUAGGAUCUCCUCUUGCGGGACAAAUCCGACCUCCUCCUCAGCAGAGACCAUCUCAAGCUUUGCCACCGCCUACGCAACACGCUGCGCCUCCACCUGCAGGAUCGAGAAUGGCAGGACCUCCUCCACCUGGCAGAAGUCCCUCCGCUUCACAACAAUUCCAACAAAGCGGCCCUCCCCCUCAAACAGUCAACUCAUCGCCAAAGACUUCUCAGCAAGAGCCUCAGACACCGUUAGCACCUAAAAAAGCGACUCAUCCCCCUGGAGAUAGGUCACAUAUCCCUCCAUCGUCACAACCUAUUUUCGAUACCCUUUCACAGGAACUGGGCCACGUCAAGCAGAAGAAUUUCCCUCCGAAUGUGAAGAAAGUCUUAGAAGAUACCGAAAGAAGAUUGAAUAUUCUCUUCGAUGGGUUGAAUAACGAUUCUGUUCCCAAAUCAGCUUUAGACUUGGUAAACAACAUAUCCAGAGCUAUUGGCGCAAGAGACUGGAACGCCGCUUUGACUAUGCAUGUUGAGCUUUUGACUGGAGCAUCCGGUGAGGUGACCACUUGGGCUCCUGGUGUAAAGCAAUUAAUCAGAUUGAGUAUGUAG